AUGAACAGCCUCGAAGUUGUGUUGCAGAUCAAUGAGAACGUUGCACUGGUUCGAGCCCCUAAAAUUAGAGGCAGCACACCGUUCAUCUUCAAGACCAAUGUGCGGAGCAUGAAGCACUUUUAUCAUGAGCUGAAGCUUCUGCUUACGAUGGAGAACUAUCCGGGUAUAACCUCCAAACCCUUACGCGUUGUCAUCUGCAACGAAUCGGGUAUUGAUAGCUCUCAGGAUACGGUUGCUGGCUUCCUCUCAGAGUACUAUCCGAAAGGCAACCUACGCGAUGUUCUAGAAUCAAAAUCGCCCAUAGCUUCAGUCUUACAGCUGAAGUGGUCUAUCCAAAUUGUCGAGACUCUGCAGCACAUCCGGGCUAGCCCGGCCCGGUUUUACUCCGACCUCAAACCGGACAACUUGGUGAUAUCUGGAUUACGUCGAGACAUCAUCUUUAUAGAUUUCGAACAGGCGGGAAACUGGGACACUUUCCAACCCCCUGAGACCUUCUAUUUGACCUGGAUGGAAAAGCUCUCUGCUAGGAGAGAGUGGGAUACUUUGACGCCUGGACAAAUCUUUCGACACGAACAAGAACAGGCAAUGGUGUUCUCGCUUGAUAAAGUCUUGUGGUGCAUAUUUGAGGGUUGUAGUCACACACGGAAUUCGAUCGACGAAGAAUAUGACCGAGAAGUUGACCAUGAGUUCCCCGAGUUUAGAAGGACGUCGGAGCCACUACAGCAACUGAUCCGAAAAUGUACGUAUGGCGCACCAGAAUACAACUCAACUGAGCAGUUUCACCAGGUGCGCGAUGGACCAAGGGUUAAUGUUGAAUCUUCGGCAGGGAGUGAAUGGAGUUGUCAUGGCUCACCAAGAGAGGUCUUGGAGGCCGCAAGAACUUUGUGGUCUGAUCGGCUGUCACGCAUGGAGCGAUAUGUGGAAGCUAAAGGUCGUUGGAUGCAGAACAGCCACCAGGAAGGCGAUGUACAGCUUUUGGGGUUUCCGUUGAGGCCAACAUUAGCCGAGGCUCUCGAAAUUUUGAAGAAUGAGCUUCGUGAUACAGUCUUUAGAGCAUAA